AUGGCGUCGCUACGAGCAAACCGAGUGUCCAAGGAACGCCAAAAGAUCGCAAAACAGGGACUGCCACCGGGAAUCGAAAUUAUAUCGGGCGAGGACCUGCGAGAGUGGCACUUUGACAUCCGCGUGCUUGAUGUCAACCCUCUGUACCAAAACCAGAUAUUCAGGCUCAAGAUUGUCUUCGGCGACGCAUACCCUAUCGAGCCACCAGAGGCCACAUUCGAGCUACGGCCAGACCGUCCCAUUCCGAUGCACCCACAUAUAUACUCUAACGGCAUCAUCUGCCUGGACUUGCUAGGCAAUCAGGGCUGGAGUCCGGUUCAAAGUGCAGAAAGCGUCUGCAUGAGCAUCCAGAGCAUGCUGACGAGCAAUGCGAAAGACGAAAGACCCCCUGACAAUGAACAGUUUGUCAAGGGUAACCGUCGACGUCCCCGUGACAUCGACUUUGUCUACCACGACGAAACCGUUUAA